AUGAGUGAAAGAAUUUUAACAAAAAUAAGUGUUUUAGGUCCGCUAUUCGGUUUUCUUAAUCGGGCCGUAAUUGUCAAAUGUGAAAAUAACGGAACCACUGGUCUCAGCCCGGUGGCCCAGGGUGCAUUGAUGGGAGUUGGAUUGUUUAUUGGACUAUUGGCAUUGAUUCUCUUCCUUGUGUGUUGCUGUUGCAAGCCGGAAAGUGCAUCCCGUGCAUCGCCUUCAUUGGGCAAAGACAAAACAACCCGGGCCGGUGGGCCGGAAUGUUCCAAUGAAACAAUCAUUGAGUGUGUCAUCCCAGUCGGUCCACCACCGCCACCGCCACCACCACCGCCACCAGUAGCCGGCGAGUCCGAGGUGUCGAACAAACGAGAUCUAGGCUGGUAUUCCAAUUCUGGACAACCUUUACCAGCCUAUGCCAAGCCAGCUACAAGUGGGCUUGGUUGA